AUGAAAAGGAGAAAAUAUCCACACUCCCCCCUCUCUCUCUCUCUCUCUCAUUACGUCCAUUCCUUCUCUCUUCUUUCUCCCUUCCUACCCUUCAAUACAUUCCCUCCCUUAUUAUCUCAUGAAACCUAUCUAUCGGACGAUCUCUUUAGCUCUCAAUCAGAUUCUCUUUCUAUUUACAUGAAAAGGAGAAAAUAUCCACCUUCUCUCUCUCUUUCUCUUUCUCUCUCUCUCUCUUUCAUACAACCAGCCUUUCUCUUUCUUCUUCCUCUCCCUUAUUGUUUCAUUAAAUCUAUCUGUCUGUCUUUUUUUGUCUUACCAAGUUUACCGCGAGCUGUACAAGUCAUUUUCGUUGGAUAUUCUUCGGAUAUCUAUCUAUCUAUCUAUCUAUCUAUCUCAGUCCUUUUCAUAUCUAUCUAUCUAUCUAUCUAUCUCUAUCUUAUUCAUAUUGAGAGGAAAACCAUUUUUCUCUAUUCAUAG